AUGAUGUUCUCCUUCCGCGCUGGGAGCGCAUCGGCGUCUCCACAGUCGGAGCGUUUAUCCAGAGCUGGAGAUGGACAGCAGGAACCCAGACCUAAGCGGGCCAAGAUCAGCAUUGCCUGUAAUGUGUGCAAGGCGCGGAAGACGAAGUGUGAUGGUGUCAGGCCGGUAUGCGGUCCCUGCGCGAAGAGGAAGCAGGGCUCACAUGUUUGCAGAUACAGGGAGGAAGAAGGCCCGUCCGGCGUGCAUUCCAAUUCCACCCCGGACAAGCCGCUAAACAUCAGCACUCCGCAAUCCCACCCGGGAUAUAGAACCCAAUCACAAGGCAAUAUCGAACACCGGGCCAGAUCUCACAGCCCGAUCCUACCUACCGGGAGUCUGUUUGGCGCAUCUGGAGCCCACAUGUUACAUGAUUCCAGGCACGGGUCGGACGCGACAAGCGGGCUCGAGCAGGGGGAGCAACGACGUGUCCAGAAACCUCUCAAAGAGCUCCCUAAGCUCCGAAAACGAGCAGCCAAAACACAACCGACUGAUGUCCAGUUUUCUAUUCCGCCACGCAAAGUAGCAGACCAUCUACUUAAUCUGUAUUGGGACUUUGUCGAUAGCGCGUAUCCCUGGCUGGAUCGGGGUUCUAUCGAGAAGGCGUACGAGACGCUGUGGUCAAAAGAUAGCGAGGCAGAGCUAUCAAUGGAUGAGAGGGCCCUUCAUUGUAUUCUGAAUCUCAUGUUCGCGACAUCGUGCGUUGCGUCCCAGGGCGAGCCUCCAUUAUCACGGUAUCAGUCCUCGGUUGUCUUUUUCGACAGAGCGCAGGAGUUGAUGUCGUAUGGAUUGAUGGAGAUAUACAGCUUCGAGAUCAUCCAGAUAUUACUCCUGACGGCGGUGUAUCUACAGCACGACAAAGUGCCGCAGAAGUGCUUCCGCAAUAUUGCAACGGCGAUCCAUAUCGCGCAGGAAUUAGGGCUUCACGUCCCUGAGACGACUGACGCUAUUAGUGACCCACGCGAGCGAGAUCUCGCACGCCAGGUCUGGAACGGCUGCGUUAUCAUGGAUAGAAUCUGCGCUAUGACAUUUGGAUGUGCGCUUAAGGUUCCCCAGUCACUUGCGAAGCAGGGGUUGAGUUCACUGAUUCUGAACUCGAUGGAGGCAAGUAGAGAUACUGAAAGCGUCGCCCUGCCGUCAAAGGUCAAUUUCUACAUAUCGUUUUGCCGACUCCAUCAUAUUAUCGGCGAAGUCCUGGAGAUAUUCUACAUCUCUCGCCAUGACGCCGACAGAGAUGGAAAUGCAUCUCCGUACUUUGAUAAAUUCGCAAGCCUCUUCCGAAUCGAAUCGGAGCUGAAUAACUGGGCUGCAAAUCUCCACCCGUUUUUCCAGAUGCCUUCGGAUCUCGCAGACCCAACGCCGACGAAACAUAUCACCCGGGAGGCAAAUAUCCUACGAGCCAGAUAUUUGUCCGUCCGCCUCCUCCUCUUCAGGCACUUCCUACUGCAAAACCAUCAGACAAAGCCAAACCCGAUACCCAGCCUAUACGCCGACGAUCCCCAGGUCAUGCCGCAUGUCGUCCUCCACUGCCAGCUAAACUGCGCCAAAGCGGCAGGGGACAUGAUCGAGUUUAUUGCGAGAAACUUACCUGAGCAGACGCAAGCAUAUAUCUUGCCGUCAAACUGGUACACUGUGUCAUAUGUGUAUAUGGCGGUAACCACCCUCCUCGCAGCCAAAACAUCGCGGUCCCGACAAUUGAUGGAGAAUCUAUCUGCAACCCGCAUGAACAGCCUGCUACACCUCGCGCGCGAUAUACUCAAGGGCUAUGAAUCACAUACAACGUUAGCAUCACGUUGUAGCUCUGUCCUGAAAUUGAUUGGCGAAAACAUCGACACCCGGCGUAGUGGGUCUGGACCUGAUACCUUCCCUCCUGUUGAAUCCGGGUUUGCAUUCACGAAUACUACCAAUAAUAGCAGUCUCGUGGUUCAACAGGACCAGAAUAUGGCCGGGCCAGAGACCCAGAAUAGCUUGGAUAGUCUGGAUUGGGUUGAUAACUAUGCGUUUGACUGGAAUGACUGGCCUACGUUCUUUGCUCAGCUGGACGGAGACACGCCUGUCGAGGGGUGGAAUGCAGGAAUAGCUUGA